CCCGCCGGCUGUCGCCGCUUCCCGGGCCCCGCUGCCUUUCUCCGCUGUCCCGAAAAUACCGAGCGAGCUCUAGGCCAUUCGCAAGCUCCCUGGGACCUGCUCUGAGCACUUGGCUCUCUGGGGACGUCGCUUGCAGCACCCUGCUUCAGGCAUGUUCUCAGAGGUGAAGUUUCCCGUGCCCUGGGGCCACGUGGCAGCCAAGGCCUGGGGUCCCCCACAGGGGCACCCCGUGCUGUGCUUGCAUGGCUGGCUCGACAAUGCUAACACCUUUGACAGGCUCAUCCCACUGCUGCCCACAGACCACCAUUACGUGGCAGUGGAUUUUUCUGGCCAUGGCCUGUCGUCUCACCGACCUGCAGGCUCGCUCUACCACUUCCUGGAUUAUGUGAGUGAGGUGCGCCGUGUGGCAGCAGCCUUACAGUGGAGACGGUUCACUCUGAUGGGUCACAGUAUGGGUGGAUCUGUGGCAGGAAUGUUCUGUUUCCUUUAUCCAGAGAUGGUGGAUAAGCUGAUCCUGCUGGAAAAUCUUGGCUUUCUGCUAGCUCCAGAGGAAACUGAGGCAUGGCUGAAAUCAAAACGGAUGGCAAUUGACAGAUUACUGAGCCUGGAGGCGAAGCAGCAACCUCCCAAAGUGCGUAGCCCCGAAGCAGCGCUGCAGAGGCUCUUAGAAGCAAACAGACAUCUGACAGCAGAGGGGGGGGCGAUCCUACUGCAGCGAGGAGCGACUGUGACACCCGCUGGCCUGGUGUAUAACAGAGACAUGAGAGCCCGUACGCAGAAUCGAGAGUCUCUCACGGUGGAGCAGUGUGUGAAGCUCCUGCAGAAGAUCCAGGACCGUGUUCUCAUCAUCGUAGCACAAGAUGGACUCCUGAUUCCACAUAAGCUAGACAGCAGAAAUCCCUUUGUGAAACCACUACGGGAGGCAUUUGAGUCUGUCCUGAAAGAGCACAUCCAGCUAGUAGAGGUGCCUGGGAGCCAUUUUGUACACCUGAAUGAGCCUGAGGUGGUGUCUGGGGUCAUCAGCAACUUCCUGACAGCACAGGACACCAGAGCCAGGCUCUAGACUGGGUCUCUGCAGCAGCAGCAGUCCAGUAUGGUUAUCAAAGUGUGAGAGAAUCCUUCUUACCUUCCAGCUCUGGGAGUGAAGGGAUAACCCACAGGAACCCUCACCCAGAGGGAAGUGGCCUUCCACUUGUUCCUUCCUAACUUCUGCAUCCUGAAAUAGAGCAGGAAUACAAGCACAGGCAUUCUUUGUGGAAGCAGCAGUGACAAAAGCUGUAGUAUUGCAAGGCACAUGGCUCCUCCUCAGCUCCUCUCUGAGGAUGGUGCAGCCUCCCAGAAACAGACCCACUGAAAAAAAAAAAAAAAAAGUCAAGUGUUCUGCUUCUGUCCAUGGAUGCCUGAGCUCAGAAGGCGUUGGCAUCUUUGUUCUACUACCAGAGCUGCUGCCUUUUUUAAACCACCUUGAAAGAGAGUUCACUAGGGCAUGGAAGGCCAUUUCAAAGAACUCCUGGAGUAUGAGUAGUAGUUGUCCCAGCUGCUUUGGCUGGAGGAUUAAUUAGCAAUAGGAAAAUUGGUAGAGAUGAUUUCUGUUCCUUUAAAUAAAGAUUGAUCUCUCGAUAUUAAUAA